AUGAAGACAAAGGUUGACACAAAAACAAAGGUUGAGACAAAGGUUGAAACAAAUGUUGAGACAAAUGUUGAGACAAAGGUUGAGACAAAUGUUGAGACAAAUGUUGAGACAAAGGUUGAGACAAAUGUUGAGACAAAUGUUGAGACAAAGGUUGAGACAAAUGUUGAGACAAAUGUUGAGACAAAGGUUGAGACAAAUGUUGAGACAAAUGUUGAGACAAAGGUUGAGACAAAUGUUGAGACAAAGGUUGAGACAAAUGUUGAGACAAAGGUUGAGACAAAUGUUGAGACAAAAGUUGAGACAAAUGUUGAGACAAAGGUUGAGACAAAUGUUGAGACAAAUGUUGAGACAAAGGUUGAGACAAAUGUUGAGACAAAGGUUGAGACAAAUGUUGAGACAAAUGUUGUGACAAAUGUUAAGACAAAGGUUGAGACAAAUGUUGAGACAAAUGUUGACACAAAGGUUGGGACAAAUGUUCAGACAAAUGUUGAGACAAAUGUUGAGACAAAGGUUGAGACAAAUGUUGAGACAAAUGUUGAGACAAAGGUUGAGACAAAUGUUGAGACAAAGGUUGAGACAAAUGUUGAGACAAAUGUUGAGACAAAGGUUGAGACAAAUGUUGAGACAAAGGUUGAGACAAAUGUUGAGACAAAAGUUGAGACAAAUGUUGAGACAAAUGUUGAGACAAAUGUUGAGACAAAGGUUGAGACAAAUGUUGAGACAAAUGUUGAGACAAAGGUUGAGACAAAUGUUGAGACAAAGGUAGAGACAAAUGUUGAGACAAAUGUUGAGACAAAGGUUGAGACAAAUGUUGAGACAAAGGUUGAGACAAAUGUUGAGACAAAAGUUGAGACAAAUGUUGAGACAAAUGUUGAGACAAAUGUUGAGACAAAUGUUGAGACAAAGGUUGAGACAAAGGUUGAGACAAAUGUUGAGACAAAUGUUGAGACAAAGGUUGAGACAAAUGUUGAGACAAAUGUUGAGACAAAGGUUGAGACAAAGGUUGAGACAAAGGUUGAGACAAAAGUUGAGACAAAUGUUGAGACAAAUGUUGAGACAAGGUUGAGACAAAUGUUGAGACAAAGGUUGAGACAAAUGUUGAGACAAAUGUUGAGACAAAGGUUGAGACAAAUGUUGAGACAAAGGUUGAGACAAAGGUUGAGACAAAGACAAAGGUUGAGACAAAUGUUGAGACAAAGACAAAGGUUGAGACAAAGGUUGAGACAAAUGUUGAGACAAAGGUUGAGACAAAGAAAAAGGUUGAGACAAAGGUUGAGACAAAGACAAAGGUUGAGACAAAGACACAAAAAGAAACAAAUCUUCAGUCAGCGACUUUUAAAAUAUUAA